AUGGAUCAGCCAGAGGACAAAUCGCCUGAUAAAGCUGAGCAUGAAAAUGCACUAGAACUAGCAACGACCGAAAGCACCGGCCAGACUAUCGAGCUGAUCCAGCUCAACCCUCAAGCCGUGCCUCGUGAUAUUGGACCUUUUCAGAUCAUAGCCCUCGGCUUCAACAUCCCCAAUAGCUGGGCGGGCGUCGCUACCGCGUUUUCGGCUGCUCUAACAGGCGGAGGUCCUGUUUCGCUGGUCUAUGGCAACUUCGUCAUCACGGCCAUGUAUUUGUCUGCGGCCGUCACGCUCGCUGAGCUUGCGAGUGUUUAUCCGACAGCAGGCGGACAGUAUCACUUCACGAGCAUCAUGGCGCCUAAGAGGUUCAACCGAUCCAUGUCCUACAUCUGCGGCAUGAUAGCGACGGUUUCGUGGAUCAUUUGUUCCACAAGCGUGGCUAGUAUCACGAGUUUGUGCAUUGCUUCGAUGGCCGAGUUUUACAGCGGAUACAAAGCGAACGCCUGGCAGCUGUUCCUUAUAUCUCAGGGGCUCAACGUCUUUGCCCUAGGCUACAAUUUGUUCGUGCUGAAACGGACUCGAUGGAUUCAUGACGCGGCGUUCUUCCUGACUCUGUCAACGUUUGUCACUAUAUCGAUCGUUUGCCUUGCCCGAGCUGAUAAGCAGUCGUCGACAUGGGUGUGGACCAACUUUGAACCGUCGUCAGGGUGGCCUCCCGUGGUAUCCUUCUUCACGGGACUCACUACUCAUGCAUACAUGUUUGGAGGACUGGACUCUGCUCUCCAUCUCGCAGAAGAGACGCUUGAUGCUUCCAGGACGGUGCCAAAGGCGCUCAUGUCUACAAUUGGGAUCGGCUUCUUUUCCGGCUUUGUCUUUUCUGUGGCCAUGACAUAUUGUAUCCCCAGCUUGGAUGUUUUUGCCAAUGACCCCAGAUCCGAUACCGCCGCCACAGUCUUUCUCAUUGUUGGCAUCGUAAUCUUCACAUUCAUCCUCGUCGCCACGCAGCAAACAACGUCUCGUCUGAUUUGGGCCCUGGCCCGUGACCGCGGUUUUAUCUGUUCCUCUCGGUUUGAGAAGUUAUCUGACAAGCUUGGCAAGAUCCCUGUGGCCGCCCUUAUUCUCGACGCGGGUCUGAUAUUCGCGUGCGGAUGCAUUAGCCUGGGCUCCACGGCAGCGUUUAAUGCGCUUGUCGGGGUGUUUUCCUUGAUGCAGAUGAUUUCGUUUGCGAUUCCGGCUGCGCUGCUUAUAUAUCGCAGGAGAAGCCAAAAGGUGCUUCCUCGCAAGAGAGCAUUUAAAGUGCCCGAGAUACUGGGUUGGGCUUGUAACAUUGGAACGGUUAUUGCGGCGGCUAUCGAAACCGUCUUCUUUACGUUUCCGAGCGUUUUGCCAGUGACUGGUAGUAAUAUGAACUACGCCGUGGUCGUUUUGGCGGUUAUUGCAAUUGUCAUGGUUGGGAACUGGAUCGCGUUUGCAAGGAAAAAUUAUCAAGGCCCAAGGAUAUGA